UGCUGCGGCCGUGCAGAAACAGGAAGCUAGGGGUUGACGCGGCGCCGUGUUUUCCAGGAUUUAAACUCCCGAGGGCGGAUUCCACUUUUAGAAACUCGGUCCAAACUGAUCCCGCACGUUUCCCGGACCCAUGCGGGGCGAAGAGGCGUCGGAGUCGGGCAGGAUGGAGGAGCGCUCGAUCCGGAGGAGCCUGGAGGUCCUGUGUCAGGAGCUGAACAUGGACGAGCAGACCGCGGCCGCCGCCAUGGACAACUUCACUGCCAUCUGGGACACAUACACUCUGGAGGGAGACGUGGUGCACUGGUUGGCCUGUUCCCUGUACGCAGCCUGCAGGAAGGGAUCUACUCCCACGGUGGGUAAAGGGCUGAUGGAGGGAAACUGUGUCUCUCUCACCAGGAUCCUUCGCUCCUCCAAACUCAGUCUGAUCCAGUUCUUCUCUAAGAUGAGGAAGUGGGCCGACAUGUCCAACCUCACGCAGAACUUCCGGCUGCGCAUGGAGCAGCUGGAGCGCAACUUUGAGGUUUCCACCGUGAUCUUCCGCAAGUUUGAGCCCAUCUUCAUGGACAUGUUUCAGAACCCACAGGGAGCCGAGCCACCGCGCCAGCCACGCAGCAGGAAACACAGGCGGCUGCCGUGUCACAUCAGUGAUGUGUUCAAGUUCUGCUGGACGUUGUUCGUCUACACUAAAGGUAACUUCCGGAUGAUCGGCGAUGACCUGGUGAACUCGUACCACCUGCUGCUCUGCUGUCUGGACCUGGUGUUUGGAAACGCUCUGCUCUGUGCCAACAGGAAGGACCUGAUCAACCCAACGUUCAGAGGUCUUCCUGCGCUCUACCGCGCUGACGGUCACGUUUCAGGGGACGAGCCUCCUCCGUGUGUGUUGGAGCGGUUGUGUGAGCUGCACGACGGACUGGUGGUGGAGGCCAAAGGCAUCAAACAGCACUACUUCAAACCCUACAUACAGAAACUGCUGCAGAAACGGAUCCUGAGAGGGAACACGGAGCUUUUAACAGAACUGUUGGAUCCUCAGAACUUCAUUGAUAACAAUAAAGCCAUAAAUAAAGAGUAUGAGGAGUACGUGUUGACGGUGGGAGACUUCGAUGAGCGAGUGUUUCUUGGAGCCGAUGCCGAUGAGGAAAUCGGAACCCCGAGGAAGAUCGUUCAGGAGCCGUCCGCCAGCCAAACGACCAAUCAGAAGCAGCUGCAGCAGCAUGUGGAGAAGUCCGGCUCCCUCGCCCCCUCCACCCCUCUGACUGGACGUGUUUACCUGAAGGAGAAGGACCUGCUCGUCACGCCCGUGUCCUCGGCCACGCAGAGCGUCAGCCGGCUGCAGAGCAUGGUGGCCGGGUUGAGGACGGCGCCCAGCGACCACCUGAUGCAGAUAUUCAAGUCGUGCUCCAGAGAUCCCACAGCCUCCAUAUUGUCCAGAGUGAAGACGCUGGGACACGCCUUCAAAGAACAUUACACCAGAGACUCGGAGGACGCACCUGGAUCUCAUAUAGACUUUGCAGAGAACCGCCUGAAGCUGGCUGAGAUCCUCUACUACAAGAUUUUGGAGAACGUCAUGGUUCCGGAGACCAAACGGCUGCAAGGCAAAGACAUGAGUGUGCUGUUGGAGCAGGAUAUCUUCCACUGCUCCCUGAUGGGCUGUUGUCUGGAGGUGGUGUUGUUCUCCUACAGCUCCCACAGAACCUUCCCAUGGAUCAUCAGCGUCCUCAAGCUGGCCCCGUUCUACUUCUUUAAGGUGAUCGAGGUGUUUAUCCGCUCUGAGGAAGGUCUGUCCAGAGACAUGGUGAAACAUCUGAACUCCAUUGAGGAGCAGGUUCUGGAGAGCAGAGCGUGGACCGCGGACUCGGCCCUGUGGAGCGCCCUGCAGGCUGCUGGGAGCAAGGUCCCCACGGUGGAGGAGGUGAAUUUUUCCUCCAGCCUCGACACAGGCUCUGGUUUAGGUUCUGGAUCCACCAUUGGAGCUCAGUCCCACCUGCCACUGGUCGCCCUCUCUCCCAUCAUCCACCCACGCAUCAGGGAGUUCAGAUCGGGUCUGGGCAGCAUCCGCAAAGACGUGCCUCCGUCUCCUCUGUCGGUCCACGACCGGUACAGCUCUCCGGCCGCCGGCAGCGCCAAGCGCCGUCUCUUUGGUGACGACCCCCCGACCCUGGCUUCAGGUUUGAAUCCCGGCUUGAGCCCGAUGUCGUCUCCGGCCAAAAGGUUAACGUUCGGCUCAAGUGGCACCCUGAAGAUCGGAGGCCAGGUGACGCCCACCACUCUCCUCAGUCUCCCACUGCAAGGUUUGAAUAAUGAAUGCACCAUCAGGCUGAUCCCGGUUCAGCCGUGCGACUCCUCUGGCACCGUCACUGCUCGGUUCCUGCUCACCGCCUCCCCGAGCAGAAUCACCGCCCCGUUACCCACGACCUCUGACCCCCAGGCAGGAAGUGGACGACCACGACGCACCGGGUCGCUCGCUCUGUUCUUCAGGAAGGCGUAUCACCUGGCCAGCGUCCGUCUGAGGGAUCUGUGCUCGAGGUUGGACAUCUCCUCUGAGCUACGGGGGAAAAUCUGGACGUGUUUCGAACACGCUCUGGUUCACUGCACCGACCUGAUGAAGGACCGACACCUCGACCAGCUGCUGCUCUGUAGCGUCUACAUCAUUUCCAAAAUCACCAAAGAGACUCACACCUUCCAGGACAUCAUGAAGUGUUACCGCAGCCAACCACAGGCCAGCAGCCACGUGUACCGCAGUGUGUUACUGCUACACAGAGAACCCAGGGAGCAGGUAGCUGACGAGAACAUGGAGGUGGAUCCUGUUUCUGGUGGCGAAUCUGCCGAGAAAACCAAUCCAGUGUCAGGGGAAGCAGACUCCGGCCAAUCAGGCGAGGAGGAACGUGGUGACCUCAUUCAAUUUUACAACACUGUGUUUGUCCUGAAGAUGAAAAGCUUCGCUCUGCGAUACGCCACCCAUGACAACCGGGCGGACGCUCCUCCUCUCUCUCCGUUCCCGAUGGUUCGGGCUCAGCCGCUCUCUCCUCGUCGGAUCUCUCAGAGACACUCGCUGUAUGUGUCGCCCCACAAGAACUCCGCCGGGUGCCUCACGCCCAACUCCUACACGUACAGGAUCAACAGCAGCCCGUCCAAGGAGCUAUCAGACAUCAACCGGAUGAUCCGACAGGGCUGUGCGAGCAGGAAGCGCGCCUUCACCAUGGAAGGGGACGUGAUGAUGUCAUCAGAGGUGUGCGACUCCCCCAGCAAGAGGGCGUGUCCGGAAAACGGCAGCAGCCCGGACGUGCUGCUGAAGCGGCUGCAGGACGUCGUGUCCGAGCGGCAGAGUCGCUGACGGAUAGAAACCUGAAGAACGAGCGUGUCACUCCUCCUUUUAAUAACGGACGCUUGUUCAUCUUUGACCUUUACGUGUAAAUAUGAUGACCUGAGGGUCAGGGAGCCUCUUCAACAUUCAAACCACUUGGUUUUAUCAAAACAGAAUUUUAAUUCCGCUUCACGAGCUCUGAAUCUUGGGCUUGGACACCAGUCAUAUAAUGAUAUCUACAAUGGGAUAUUUGAGCACCAUCAUGAUGACGAAUAGAGAAAAGAACCGAAACAUGUGAUUUAGUUGAAAUUAAUUCUUGAAAGAUGAAAACACAACCAACUUCAUUUUAACACAAACAUAUGUUCUUACAUACACAACUCUGAUGUGUAAACCUAAAAAUAAUCCAAUAUCCAAUGAAGAUAUUUUCAGUUUUACACACAAAAGAAAUUGUGACAACUCAACGUUUUAGUAAAAACAUUUGCUAUUUAAAGUUUUCUCGCCUGAGUGUCUGAACAAGCUUCAUGUGUUUGUUCCAUAGUUUCAUUUAAUCUGGCUAGAUUUGAUUUCACAAUGUAAUAAUUUUGCUGUCACGACUUCCUAUGAUUGGUCCAAAAGUCCAAACUAUCCCCAAAAGGUUCAGGCUGAACUGAAAAGUCUAAAGAUCUGGAUCAAACGUCAAAAAAAGCACAAACUGGUUUAGUUUUUUAUUCACAGAUGAAUUUUUUACGGCUCAGAGAGAUGUGAAAGACGAUUAGAUCCUUUAACUAAUGUAAAUAGUUUCCUUUAACAAGACAAAUCAAGCUUUAUUGUACAUUUUCCAGUCAGAAUAAGUUUUUCCUACAUUAUCUGCUGACGCCUCUACUGUUGGUGGAGAUUUCAAUGCAGAGGAAACGUUUUAAUUCUUUUACUAGUUUUAUGGUUAUGAAUUGUUGUAUUAUUCUGUGGGUUGAAUAUAAUAACAGGUUGAAUGCUGACAAACGAGUGCUGGACUGAAGCAGCGUUUUUUAAGCGCACUGUGUAGUAUCUACACUCAAAUUUAAUUUAACAUUUUAUUGAAUUCAUUGAUGAAACAGCACAGCUGUUGCGAGUCAGUCUCUGCAACUUGAAACGUUAACACCUGUGUAGCUGCUCUGCUCAAAGCAAACGUAGAGUUUUAGCAAAAAUUUAACGUCUCUUUGUAAAAUGUAAAUUAAAAGUGGGUUUUUCUGCUCAGAUGGAAGAGGAUGUGUCAUCGGGACCCGGGUCUGUGUCACGCUGGUGUUUUCUUCUCUCUGAAUCUUUUCAAAGACGUUUGUAUUUUCUACAAACUGUUAAAUUUUUGUACAAUAAAACUGACCUGUGUUAAAUCAA